GAAGGAAGCCUUUCCUCAUCGGAGGAGGAGGGAUGUUCAGAUCCAAUCAGUUUGUUUGCUGUGGGUUGGGUGAACCUUACAAAGGAAGGCCUCCGAGAAUUGUACCUGAUGUACGUCAUUCCCCCUUGAAUAGCAAAUCUUAUGGUUUGGUUUAGUGCCUUUCUGUGUAAUUUUUUUCAUUCUAACAAGAAAAAGGGGGAACCACAUCCUUGUCAGGAAAUGUGGUAUGACCGUUUGGAGGACUGAAUUACUUAUUUGCAUGAAUAUUUGACUCAGCUCUUAAGAGAGAGCUUAACUUUUUCUCUACUCAAACCUUUUGUGAUGACAUUUAUAGGACAUAAAAGAGAAGGCUUAAAGAUGUUUAAGUUAUAUGGAGCCCACAUACUGUGUCUUCUCCUUCUACUUCAGCAGGUUGAUUGCCAAGCUAAUGACAAAGUACAGAUAGAUGGACCUCUGGAAAACAAGGAUUUUUUUGUUAAAGAAGGUUCUCAAGGAGGGAUGAUGUUAUAUCGGUUUAUAUUUCAACCUCCUGUUGUCAGCUUGAGACUGACUGGCGACACAGAUGGCAUCAUAGAAAUCGUAUCGGAUGGAGUUCUGUAUCUUAACAAGGCUCUAGAUUGGGAAACCAAAAAGGUCCACAAGUUGCAGUUGGAAGGCCUGAAUGCAAGUGGGCAGAAAGUGCAAGGCCCAUAUUUUAUCAAUAUAUAUGUGGAGGAUAUCAAUGACAAUCCGCCUACAUUUGAGAAGAACAACUACACUGGAACAGUUAGACAAAACUCUCGCCCAGGAAAACCCUUCAUGUAUAUCAAAGCUAUCGACCUUGAUGAUCCCAACACCCUAAAUGGACAACUGAGCUACAGGCUCCGUAACCAUUUCCCUAACCCCUUCCAGGAGAUGCUUUUUCAGGUGGACAAUGUCACAGGAGCAAUCUCCACAACCAAAGCUGGACACCAAUAUUUAGAUCCAGCACAAGAAAGAGAAUAUGUCCUAGAUGUGGAAGUCUAUGAUAUGGCAGGACAAUCGAUCAAUGCCUUCUCUGCUUCCACUGAUGUGAGAGUCACGGUGCUAGAAAACCUCUGGAAAUCUCCAGGACUAGUAAAGAUCAAGGAGAACUCUACAGAGCCUCAUCCCAUCAGCAUUGCUCAGGUGCAAUGGAAUUAUCCAGGUGCAUAUUAUGAAAUCUCAUCCAAGGAGACGCCUUCUGUUAAAUUGCCUUUUAUGGUUGACAACAAUGGAACUAUCUAUGUAACUGAACCUUUGGACAGAGAAAAAAAAGAAAGUUAUUCGUUUUAUGUAUAUGCAAAAGAGGAAGGCAUCUCACUGUCAUAUCCAGUGACUGUUAAUGUCACUGUGGAAGACAUUAAUGACAAUCCACCUGUUUGUAACAAAGCUUUGACUAAAUUCGAAGUUCAGGAGAAUGAAGUUGCAGGGAAUUACAUAGGAACGUUUCAGGCCUCAGAUGCGGACAAGGAAGGCACAAUUAACUCCAGGCUUCACUAUGACAUUGUGUAUCAGAACCCCAAAAUCCCUGUGGAUAAACUUUUCCGCAUUGACUUCGGAACUGGAAAUAUCAACAUACUCCAAAGUGCAUUAAACCGGCAGGAGGCCUCUAACUAUUCUUUGAAGGUGGAAGUGACAGAUCAAGUGUUCAAAACAGUUUGUGAUGUACUAAUAAAUGUCAUUGACAUCAAUGAUCAGAUCCCAAUCUUUGAGAAAUCAGAUUAUGGAGAUGUAACUCUUCCAGAAGACAGACGAGUUGGAACUGUAAUAUUGGAAAUUCAAGCCACUGAUGGAGACGAACCAUUUACUGGAAGCUCUCAAAUUAUUUAUACAGUCACGAAUGGAGACCCAAAUAACACUUUUUCUAUACGAACAGAUCCAAAAACAAACAGAGGAUAUGUGACAAUUAAUAAGGUUCUUGAUUUUGAAACAACUCCAAUGUAUUACCUGGACAUUGGUGCCACAAAUCCUGAACCUCUUGUCCUUGGAACACAAUAUAACUCAAGUUCUUUUACUAAGCUGAGAGUGGCUGUUACAGAUGUGGAUGAAGUACCUGUUUUCCUCCAAAAAACAUACACAGUUGAAAUGCUUGAAAAUGUUACCUUUGGUACCUUUGUGAUGACAGCAAGAGCCUAUGAUCCCGAGGGAGCCCAGAUAAAGUACUCCCUGAAAAACAACAACAGAAACUGGCUACGAAUCGAUCCUCUCAGUGGCUCAAUAUAUACUGCAGCCCUAAUGGAUCGGGAAACUGAAAGUCCCUACGUGGUCCAGAUUGUGGCGACUGAACAAACGAGAGCAUCUAAGAGCUCCAUGGCACAGCUGACACUGAACCUGAAAGAUGUGAAUGAUAAUCCUCCACAGCUAGAGAAGGACUCUGUGUUCUUCUGCCACCCUCUCCAAGGAAACCAGAAAGCAAAAAUAGAUGUUCAUGAUCCAGAUAUUUAUUCAUAUAUUCCAAAAUUUAGUUAUGUCCUCUUGGGUGACAACACAGUACAGAAUAACUGGAAUGUCUCUAAAGACGGCCUGCAUGCAUACAUUUCUCCGAAAAACAUUAAUCUUGAAGAAAAAGACUAUGAUAUACCGAUAAAAAUUAAUGACAAUGGACGACCACCAAUGGAAGGAGUUGUCUAUCUGAAAGUGAAGGUAUGCCGGUGUGUAGAAGGAAGAUGCUUCAUACCAACGGAUCCUUCUCCAUUUCCAACAGUGGCAACAGCAAUUGGGAUCCUGGUUGCUGUACUGAUAGUUAUUGGUGUCAUUCUGGGGAUUGUGUUCCUCCGACUCAAACGCAAAAGCCAAAGUCAACAGAUCAGCACCAAGGCAAAUCCUGCUAGCCGGCCGAAUUGCAGAGCUUGACGUAAUUGUUUUACUGAAAGAAGCUUUUUUUUUUAAAAAAAAAGACCUUUUAUUUCUUUCUGUUGUUGACAUUGCUACUGCUUCUGACCAUCAGCAAACAUUAGGCGUUUCACCACCAAUAUGCAGAGUUUGAUAUCUAAACAUUUUUAAUGGACUAGAACCCCAAAUGUCCUAUCUAGCCAUUAUGGCUGGGGGUUCUGAGAAUUGUAGUCCCAAAUGUGACUUAUGCAACUAGAUUUAUUAUCUUACUCAUAAUCUGCUUCUUCAGCCAGGAAAGCAGACUCCCACUAAGAACAGGGACGCCCACCCAUUGUGUCAUGUUGGUGCUACAGAGCCAAACUUGACAUUAGCAUUAAAUGCAUAUCAGCAUUGAAAAGUGCAUUCACUUUAUUAUUUAAAUAUCCUCCAAGGGGACUCUGCACUGUGGUGAUUAGUAAGGAGGUGGCCUUGAUUUCUUUUGGGUACAGGGAGAGUGUUAUUGAAAAUUAAUCAACCACAACAUUCCCAGACUCACUCCCUCUUUCUCCCUGUCAAAGAGUCAAUUUUUUAAACAAUGCACAAUGAAUUGUUAAACACUUUUAUUGUCAUGGACAGUUUGGCUCUUAAGCAGAAAUGGGUUUCCUCCAUUGAGGUGGGGAUGAUGUAUUCCUCCUCCUUUUCCACCUCCUCCUCCAGUCCAGUCAUAAAGAGCUUCACCUACAAAUAGGUCACACUUAGUCUGGUGAGUAAUUGAACAAGCAAUAAAUGGAACUAAGCAAUUAGCUUUGGCUAAUGAAUAUUUCACUGCCUAUUCUAAUAAAGGAACCUGCGAGCAUUGGACAGAGAUGGGCUUGAAUUUUCAAAAGCUAUUUUAGAGGUGGACAAUAAACAGAGAGCCAAACUUGA